AAGGCAUCGCGACCCAGGCCACCGCGGCGAGACUCAGUCUUCGAGUCCCACCUGUCCGAAGUGGGGUGGGGAAAGGCACAAGAUGGCAAAGCCAGGCACCUCCCAGGGCGGGCAACUCACGGCCGUUAAGGGCCGGACCCUUGGCAGUUUUCGGACUUUCGGAACCGGAAGCGGCGCCUGGGAGCGCGCCCGAGAGAGCGUUAACGGGGUCGCUUUACCGGAAGUGCUUACGGCUUCGGGCCCCGCUUUGCCCCGCGGCCUGUUCGGUUUCCUAAUCAGGGGAGGGCCGCGGAAGAGGACCAUUACCUUGGCUACACUAAGUUCUCAGCGCCACUCCCUAGCAGGGCGGGACCCACUUUAGGCCCUGUGAUCUCGCGGUUAGUAGGAGCGCAAGGCGCCUAGGGACCCUGGACCUUGACCCGCCUGGGGAGGGAAAAAAGUUUGGCCCGGCGAGUCCCAAAAGGCAGAAUGGACGGGCUCCUAAAUCCCAGGGAAUCCGCUAAAUUCAUUGCAGAAAACAGUCGGGAUGUGUUUAUCGACAGCGGAGGCGUACGGAGGGUGGCAGAGUUGCUGCUGGCCAAGGCGGCGGGGCCAGAGCUGCGCGUGGAGGGGUGGAAAGCCCUUCAUGAGCUGAAUCCCAGGGCGGCCGACGAGGCCGCGGUCAACUGGGUGUUCGUGACGGAUACGCUCAACUUCUCCUUUUGGUCCGAGCAGGACGAGCACAAGUGUGUGGUGAGGUACAGAGGGAGAACGUACAGUGGGUACUGGUCCCUGUGCGCCGCCGUCAACAGAGCCCUCGACGAAGGUAUACCAAUAACUAGUGCCUCAUACUACGCUACAGUGACCCUGGAUCAGGUUCGAAAUAUACUUCGUUCUGACACAGAUGUUUCCAUGCCUUUAACAGAAGAGAGGCAUCGGAUUCUCAAUGAAACCGGGAAAAUUCUGCUGGAGAAGUUUGGUGGCUCUUUUCUUAACUGCAUUAGAGAAAGUGAGAAUAGUGCACAGAAGUUAAUGCACCUUGUCGUUGAAAGUUUUCCUUCUUACAGAGAUGUGACUGUGUUUGGGGGGAAAAGAGUUUCUUUUUAUAAGCGAGCCCAGAUCCUUGUAGCAGAUACAUGGAGUGUAUUGGAAGGAAAAGGAGAUGGCUGCUUUAAGGACAUCUCCAGUAUCACCAUGUUUGCUGAUUAUAGAUUACCUCAGGUUCUUGCUCAUCUUGGAGCCCUGAAAUACUCUGCUGAACUACUGAAGAAGCUUCUCAAAGGAGAAAUGCUCUCAUAUGGAGACAGGCAAGAGGUGGAAAUCAGAGGGUGCUCGCUUUGGUGUGUUGAGCUGAUCCGGGAUUGUCUUCUGGAGCUUAUUGAACAAAAGGGUGAAAAACCUAAUGGAGAGAUCAACUCCAUUCUUCUGGAUUAUUACUUAUGGGACUAUGCUCGUGACCAUAGGGAAGAUAUGAAAGGAAUUCCAUUUCAUCGCACACGUUGCAUAUAUUAUUGACCUCAAGUGUAAACUGAUCCAAAGAAAACCCCUUGCAUUUUUCUUUUCUUUUCAUUUUUCUUUUUUUUGUGUGUGUGUUUUUUUUUUUUUUUUGGUGCUGUGAUUCAGAUAACCUCCUGCAUUUUUAUAUCAUAAUCUGUACAUUUUGCUUUGACAUUUAAAGAACAUGAUAGAGGUUAUAGGAAUGAGGAAAUUGAUUACCCAUUCUCCCUUAUGGUUCAGGGGGCCUCGGUCAGCAGCACGGGGUGCUUCUCCGGGGCCACACGCAGCUCGUUGUAAAAAGUGUGGUGCCAGAUUUUCUCCAUGUCAUCCCAAUUGGUGACGAUGCCGUGCUCGAUGGGGUACUUCAGGGUCAGGAUGCCACGCUUGCUCUGGGCCUCAUCGCCCAUGUAGGAGUCCUUCUGGCCCAUGCCGACCAUCAUGCCCUGGUGCCGAGGGCGCCCAACAAUGGAGGGGAACACAGCUUGGGGAGCGUCGUCCCCAGCAAAGCCAGCUUUGCAUGUGCCGGAACCAUUGUCGAUGACGAGUGCAGCAAUUUCUUCUUCCAUUGCGACCAGCGGCAGAGGAGUAGGGCAGCGGAGCAGCGAGAGAACACUACGUGAGCUGGCAGCGGCGACUCUUUAGGUUUCUUUUUCUCUCUAGCGGAGUAGACUGAAUACAUUAACAGCUUAUCUGUCUUAACAGACAAUAGGAAGAAAGAGGGCUUAAUGAUGCCUGUGACACAGCUAUCUGUCCAUUUCAUGGAUUACACACUUUAUAUUGAGUACCAUUAUAUAAACAGGUUCCUUUCUGUGUCCCUGUACAUUUAUGAGAACUGUUGGACAAAAGAAUGGCAGUAACUUUUACGCUUUACCUGGUGUACAUACUGAAGGCAUUCUUUAAAAUUAAUGCUCCUACUGUACAAGUCUAAAUAUUAAGAACAAAUCCUACGAUGAAUUUCCUCAUGCUUCGGCCAUGUGUGGACCAGCCAGCUUCUAGGACAUGGCUGGAGCAAGGCUUGUUGUCCUUUUUAAGGUGAUUCUGCAGUUUUUGCCUUGGUCCAAGUCUCAGGUGUUGCUGGUUUUUACACGGCUGUGGUGGAUUCAGGCUGGGAUUUCUUUUACUUUCAUAGCUGUGGGAUUGGUCAGGAUCGGGUCUGAGGUCCUUUCUAAUGUGGCUUUAGAGGGACUGUACUCCUGUCCUUUAUCCACACAUGAUUACUUAAUCUCUCCUCACUCCCGAGGAGUUUCUAGGAGUGCUUAGAGUAGGGGAGGGGGGCUUAUGGUAUAAGACUUCAUAGGGGAAUAUCCUGUUUUUUUUAAAGGGGGUGCCUCUAAUUUUGAAUAACACUAAGGGAAGUGCCUGCAUCUACUUUAAUCUUGUUUUCCUGACACACUUUCUUUAAGCUGUUUUUGAUGGUCUGAUUCAUUUUUCCACUUUUCUGGAACUCUGAGGUCGGUAGGCAGCAUGCAGUUUCUGGGUGAUACUAAGGGCAUUGCUGUUUUCUGGACUAAAUCCUCUACAAAUGCUGGUCCGUUGUCUGAUCUGAUGCGCAGUGGCAGUCCAAACCUAGGGAUAAGAUCUCGAAGUAGCACACGGGCCUUUUCAGUCCUACUCAGAGUAUGUACACACCAGGACUAAUAAAUGCCCCCCCUACACUUGGAUAUUUCAGUAAAGUCUACCUGGAGAUCUUUAAACAGAGCUGCUCCAUAAGCUUGAAUGCCAGGGAGAAUAGUUGGGACCCUGCUUCACGUUGUGUUGCCGACAUGUAAUGAAUGCAUCACUGUGCCACAGUUUUAGUUAAGACUGAUAAGUGUAAGAUGUAAAAGUACCGACCUAGCAUCUUUUCAAGUGACUCUUGACCUAAACGAGUGGUCUCAUGUAUGGCUUGUACAACCGCUGCACAUAGCGGGCCCUGGUAUUUGGCAGGCUUACUAAUGAGGUCUUUUGGUAUUCAUUAGAGUCACUGCUGUGUGGGGUGCUUUGAUAUUUAAAUUUUUCCCAGAGUUGAGGCUAGAAUCUUUGAUUGCUAUUUUUUUCUUUUUUUUUUUUUUUCUUUUUGACAGCAUGAAAAGGCUGUGUAUUAAAAUCGGCUAACCUUAAAGCCAGGGCUAACAAAAGUCACUUUUAGCUUCUGCCUUAUUCAAGGGGUGUCUUGUCUUUUCCCCUCCUCCCUUUGUCACUGUGUGUAAGGGUUUGGCCAGUACUGCAAAGUUUGGAAAUCCAUAAUUUACAAAACUCACCACUCCUAGGAGCUCUCUUACUUGCUUUUUCAUCUCAGGUUCUGUUACUUUGCAAGCGGCUUGCUUCCUGUCUGCUUCUAGGCUGCAUUUCCUCUUCCGGAUGGUGAGCUUCAGCUAUUGCAUUUGCUUUUCGGCAAAUCAGGGCUUUCCUUUUAGACACUUAAUACCCACAGUCCUCCAGGUGCCGAAGUAAGGCAUUUGUUUGUGCACCCAACUGCUGUGGGGUUUCCUAAUAGAAGGUUGACAGCAUACGGAGACAGCAUGCAAGCAAGAAGCUUCUGGGGGAUGGUCACAGGCUGAUGCCUCCCCAUCGAUGAUGAGUUUCUCAGCCCCUGGAAAGCUGGGUUCAGGUGCAUUGAGUGGUUACACUUGCUUCUGGGUUUCUCUCAUUGAAAUGCAAAGAGUUUUUGAUCUUCCAAGGCUAGUCUAAUGCUAAGGAGGUAUUCUUUAAGUCCAAUUAAGUGAACUAACAAUCCGCUGCUGGCAAGAAUCCCAACUGCGUGUGUAAGUUGGGUGCAAAGCCACGCAAACCCUGCACUGACCUGGGCGAUAAUAUUAGUCUUCUGCUUCUGGCUAGGAACUCUCUACCCUCCUUCCCAAGGGACAGUGAGAGCUUGGCUGACCCCUGACUCAGGCAGUUUUAGCUGCAGGUAGUCUCCUUUGUUGAAUGGGAUAGUGGCCCUCGAUUUGCACAACAGGUUUUGCUGGAGAAGGGGGCAGGGGCAAUUCAUUAAGUACAAGAAAGUCUGUCCUCUUAACACUUUAAUAGAUUUAACAACACUGGCUUUGUUCCUUUCGAUGGGAGGGGUUACAGUGCUGUCGUCUGGACCUGGGCUCUUUGGGGGCAUGAGUCUGGCCCCCCUCUUUUAGUCCAGUGGCCCUUCCAUUAGAUUGAACACAGCCCCUUCAAGCUCAUUUAGAUCCUCCUGCUUAGGAUCGUCCUGUUCCUUAGUUAACUGUGGACAUUUUUUCUUCCAGCGUUCUAUUUCUCAACAGAAUGCACACUGCAUUGCAGGCCCGGGCGGGCAGACUGGGGGGGUUUCUAGGAACUCCCUUUUUCUUUACUCUUGGGGGUUCUGGUAAUCUGAAGGAACAUGCUCCUCCAGCCAAUUAGAAGCAGCUUGGGAGUAUUCUCCGCCUUUCGUCUGUGUUAAAAAAGAUGCAUAAGCAGCUGAUGGGUGGGUGGACGGACGAGUGGACCUGCUAGGUCCCAGAAGUCGGGCGUUGUCAGCAGCUAGUCCUGGUCGGGAACCACUUGAGAGAUGGUUGUUGUGUCAAAGAGGGUGCUCAGCAGCGCGUUGUUGUGAAACGUCAUGUCCAGCAGUUGCGGAGUGAUGGUCCUCUCUCCGUUGUUGUGGGCCUCAUUGCCUGCCAGCUCCAGGAUCUGGGCCGUCAAGUACUCUAUCACUGCAGUGAGGAAGACUGGUGCGGAGGGACUCAGGCGCUGGGCGUAGUGGCCUUCCUGUAGGCUACGCUCCACCUCCCUCACAGAAAACAAAACGUCCACCCGGGCGGAGUUUUUUUACAUUCUCUUUUGUCUGCUUUGGAGGAUUUUAGGGGUGUGCAGCUCUGGUGGGAAUGCCGAGGCCUCCGGCCCAGGGACAGGGAGUCCUUGAGGAGGAGGAGGAGGCAUUAUCGACAGAAACUAUUCUGCCGCUGGGUCGACCAAAACUUUGGGAGUUGUCUCUGCUAGGACCUUGAGAUUCUGCAUAUCUUGGCGGCGAGGGGGAUGGUGGUUUCUAGCAGUCUGUCCUUUGGCUACUAAAACAGUUGCUACCUGCUCUUUCUGCCACUUCGGAGGGUUUAACACUAACUGCAACUACGAGUCUAUGUAUGGAAAUUGAUCAAGGUGUUCUAGCUCGCUAUAUGUAACCUCAUGCCUUAUUCUGGAGACAAGGACCUGUCUAGGGUCCCCUCUGGGGGCCAACCGACUUCAAAUGCUGGCCAAUCUUUCUUACAUAAAGCCUUUAAUUUCUCUGGUGUCAUAGUUACUUUAUAAUUUCUACUAAAUCCUUUCAUGAAAUGUUUCAGCAUGGUUUCUAAAGGGGUGGGCUUGCUAUGGGAGUGACCUAUUUUAACACUUCAAAGAAACAAUUCUUACCGUUAGGAGAGUGCUAGUUUACUCACCACAGUUCUGCCUAGCAAGACGCAGCCUGGAGCACUCUCUGAUUUACAUUCACUUCAGUCUUUUUAUAAUUGCCUAGAGGCUUCUUCACCUAAGCUUUCUGUGGCUGUCUUUAAUUCUUAUAAAUUGCUCGAUGCAUGAGGCCCUUCCUAAUGGGCCUGAUACCUUUUAUGACUGAUGAGUCCGGUCGGACACAUCUACACACACAGACACACAUUCAAUUGUUCUCCUUCAAUUUAAAAUUUUAAGUAAAAGUUUUUAAGGUUAUAGAGAGCUACUUUUUAACGUGCCAAUCUGGCACUUGUGGGUGAUCAGGUUACGCUUCUAUUUAAAAUGGGGUGGGCUAUUUUCCUGGGGACACACAUCUAAUUGCUCUCUCUCUAAUUUAAAACUAUAAGCAAAAGCUUCUAAGGUUACAGAGAGAGCUACUUUCUAACGUGCCUAUCUGGCACCCGUGGGUGAUCAGGCCAUGCUUCCACCCAAAAUGGGGUGGGCUACUUUCCCGGGGACACACAUCUAAUUGCUUUCCCUCUAAUUCAAAACUAUAAGCAAAAGCUGCUAAGGUUACAGGGAGAGCUACUUUCUAACGUGCCGAUCUGGCACCCAUGGGUGAUCAGGCCACGCUUCCACCUAAAAUGGGGUGGGCUACUUUCCCGGGUUCUCUUCUCUUACAAAUUGCUCAAUGACACAGACACACCUACACACACAGACACACAUCACACCUACACACACAGACACACAUCCGAUUGCUCUCCCUCUAAUUUAAAACUAUAAGCAAAAGCUUCCAAGGUUAUAGAGAGCUACUUUUUAGCGUGCCGAUCUGGCACCUGUGGGUGAUCAGGCCACGCCUCCACCCAAAAUGGGGUGGGCUACUUUGCCAGGUUCAAUCUGACUACAUUCAGUGUCCAGACUUCCCUAAAUAUUCGUUCCUCCUCGGUGUUCAGCCACUGGGUGGAUCGACAUUGCAGGGCCUCCUUGCUCUGCUCUGGCAAGGCUUUUCCACCAGGCAAACACCUGCCCGGGAGCGCUCUCAGGAUGUGUCACCCCAGCGAGCAGGAGUCCCCCUGCAGGGAUGCUCCACAGGGCCAGGCAAACUACCUAAGAGACUUUUGCCUGCCGUCUGCUAUCCAAGACUUGCUUCCCGGCCAACGCACCAAAAUGUAGCAGGAGCGGCUGCGGGAAAGGAUCUCUUGGACACCGAAUACUGGAGGAAGAAAUUUAUUUCAGCUGGGAGCAAGGUGGCAUAGGUGUUUAACAGCCAAGCUCUUCUAACAAAGGGAGGUUCAGCCUUUACAUAGGCUUAUACUUUAGAUGUUACACGUGGAAGAAUCUUAGGUUCAUAGUUUUAGGACUCACAUGUGAAAAGGUUUUAGUUUACACUUUCAGGAAUUACAUAUGAAAGGGUUCCGGUUUACAGUUUUAGGACUCACAUGUGAAAAGGUUUCUGGUUUCAUCUUGUUUUAAGUAAAAAUAGUGCCUUGUGGAGAGUUUCCCCAAGGCCUAGACUGUUGUUUUCAGGAAGCAGAUUCAGGAGGUGCCAGCUGGCCUGCUCUCUCUUUUAUUGAGAUGCACAGAGGAUGACAGAGGGGGAGGGAAUCCCAAAUGCCUGGAUCUCCCUCCUCAGCUGCAGUGAGCCAUAGCCAUGCCACUGCACUCUACCCUGGGCAACAGAGGGAGACCCUGUCUCAAAAAAAAAAAAAAAAAAAACCCCGCAGAAAGUUCCUGACAUGUCACUGUGUAUUCCCAACUUUAUCAUUUUUCUGCCUGUUUAGUUUUAGCUUAUAUUUUUAUUUUCUGUGGACAUGUAGUUGACAGAAAUAAGGAACUUUAAUAUUUUCUUUAAAUUUCCUAAAACUAUGUCUUAUGUGAUUAAUCUUCAGUGAUAAUAUUUUAUCUAUUGAUAUCUUUUCUUGAGGUGUAGUAAUUUUUAGUAUGCCUUAAUCAUGUGGUAUAAAAAAGGUUAGGUUUUUGAUGUAUGAAUGCUGUCCUUGUAAAAAUCAAUCUUGACACUUUAAACUUAUUAUUGGUAAUGAUAGUGGGUUUUGUAUAUCAUGAUUUUCAAUGUAGGACAUCUGUUUGUCUAAUUUUGUUUGUUUGUUUGUUUGUUUUGUUUUGAGACGGAGUCUUGCUCUGUCACCAGGCUGGAGUGCAGUGGCGUGAUCUCGGCUCACUGCAACCUCCGCCUCCUGGGUUCAAGCGAUUCUUCUGCCUCAGCCUCCCGAGUAGCUGGGACUACAGGCGCGCACCACUAUGCCCAGCUAUUUUUCUUGUAUUUUUAGUAGAGAUGGAGUUUCACCAUGUUGGCCAGGAUGGUCUCAAUUUCUUGACCUCGUGAUCCGCCUGCCUCAGCCUCCCAAAGUGUUGGGAUUACAGGCGUGAGCCACCGUGCCCAGCCUUAAUUUGUUUUUUUAGAGUAACUAUAAUGGAAUUGAAUAAAAAUAUUGAAUAUUUUUCUUAAACCUGGAAUGGAUUAUUUCAUUAAAAUAGAAUUUACCAUAUAUAAUUUUUAAAAAGCUUACUGUAAGUUAGAUUAUUUAUAUCUUCUGUUGCAGAACUCUCAUUACCUGUCAAGCACUCAUUUCCAACCACCACCCCCACAUUCCUUCUAACAGAAUCUUGAUUUUCUUAGACCUUGUCUGCUUGCUGUGACUUGAAAAAAAAAUAAGGAAAAGACCCUUUUCCCAAGCAAUUCACUGCCAUCUGCUGGAAGCUUGUCAUAAUAACCUUACAAAUGACAAUAGGAGUGAGGCCUCCUGGAGUUGUGCGGUACACAACUUGCACAACCACAGCAGUGGUCCUAUGUCUGUCCCUGUCCUGUGUGACUCGGGAUGGUGAUUCUAUCUCCAGUUCUGGAGUUAGAUCUUGUAUGGUAUGAAUGGUUUACUACUCCUGGUCACCUUAUUCUCCUUGCCUGUGAUUGCUUUGGUAAUGGGUAUAUAAUCUAGUUCUGGCCAGUGACACUGGAUAGCAAGUCUGCUGGGAAGCUUCUAGAAAAGGAUUCUUAUAAGAAAGAGAUAUAGGAAAAGGGUCCCUUUUCUUCCUCUGAGCAAUGCUUUUAGCAUAAUACUUGCUAUUAUGGUAGCUAUUUUAUAGAGCUAGAGCCCAGCUGUACCUUCCAUGCCUAAGCCCAUCCAUCCAUGGACUUCAUACUUGAGUUAAUAAACACAUUAUAACUUGUACCAGAAAGCAUCUUAACAGUUUGCAAUGUAACCUCUGGGCCUCUGCUUUUGCCACCCUUCCUGCACCUCUCCCUGUCUUCCCUUCCCCCUUUCCCUCUUCUCCCUUUACUUCUCUGCCCUCUUCCUUCUUCCUCCCCUUUUCCCCACCCCCUUCUUUAUCCUCUCCUCUUACUUCAUUCUUUCUUUCUCUCUCUCUCUCUUUUUUUUUUUUGAGAUGGAGUUUCACUCUUGUUGCCCAGGCUGGAGUGCAAUGACACGAUCUCGGCUCACUGCAACCUCCGCGUCCUGGGUUCAAGCAGUUCUCCUGCCUCAGCCUCCCGAGUAUCUGGGAUUAUAGGCAUGCUGCCACGAUGCCCGGCUAAUUUUUGUAUUAUUAGUAAAGAUAGAGUUUCAUCAUGUCGGCCAUGAUGUUUGGUCUUGAACUCCUGACCUAAGGUGAUCCACCUGCCUCCCAAAGUGCUGGGAUUACACAGGUGAGACACCACACCCGGCCUUUUUUUUUUUCUUAGAGAUGGUCUCACUGUCACCCAGGCUGGAGUAUAGUGGUGAGAUCAUAGCUCACUGUAACCUUGAACUCCUGGGCUCAAGCAAUCCUCCCAAAGUGCUGGGACGUGCAGGCGCAUGCCACUACAUCGGGCUAAUUUUUUAAACUUUUUGUAGAGAUGGGGUUUCACUAUGUUGCCCAGGCUGGUCUCAAACUUCUGGGCUCAAGUGAUCCUCCUACCACUGGCCUCUAAAAGCACUGAGAUUACUGUGAGCCAUGGUUUCCUAGAUCCACCUGCCUUUUCUCUUCUGCCACUGCCAUAACCUGGACUCACAAUCCUGGAUGUCUGCAUUCUAAUCUAGGCAGCAGGAUUGAAGAAGUAAUGAAGAGUAUAAAAAAAGGGUUGAAGCUGGGUGCAGGGGCUGUCUCCUAUGGUCGCAGCUACUGGGUGGUGGGGAGGAACUGACAUAGGAGGAUCCCUUGAACAUGGGAGUUUAUGUCCAGUCUGGGCAACAUAGUGAGAUACAGUUUCUUAAAAAAAAAGUGUUGAAAGGCUCUGGUAGCCACUACAUUCCAUUUUGGCACAUGACCACAACUAACUGCCAAGUAGGGUAGGAAAGUGGCAUGUAUUAUGGGCACUGGGUACCAGCUAAACUGUGUAAAUAGAAAUGGAUGGGCCUAGGCACAGUGGCUCAUUCCUAUAAUCCCAGCACUUUAGGAAGCCAAAGCGGGCAUGAUCGCUUGAGCCUGGGAGGUCGAGACUGCAGUAAGUAGUGAUUGCCACUGCACUUCAGCCUGAGCAACAGAGUGAGACCCCAGUCUCAAAAGAAUAAAAAAGUAUGGAUGGAUACUGGGAAACAGCAAGAAGUUUUUGCCACCCAGUGCAUGGAUUUUAUAAUUUUCUUACCUGAUACAGACUAAGAGCACUAAAAUAACAUUUUAUCUAAUGGCUUUAACAGCCAUCGGUGAUCAUUUUUCACAUCUAUUAUUUCAUUAGGGAUUGCAAAAUGGUAAUGUUCUAGUCCUAACAUUUUGGUUUUUGGGGAUUUGUGUGGGGAUAACAUCCCUCUCGGAUUUCAGGGUAGUCUGGGGGAACAUAAUUAACACAACAUUCCAGAAGAGAAUGGAAUGUAGAAUUAAGUUCUGAAAGUGUUUUUAGUUGUGUUGAUUCAUUCUGCACACCCUUUUAAAGAUAAUGAAAAUGUACACAGCCUCCUGAAACCCCCUUGCACAGCCCUCCAUUCAGAGAAGUCCUUUCUAAUUCCUUGGUGACUUGGUUUCCUUUAGCAGCCUUUGAUUUGCCGCCAGUUAUAAAAUGUUUUGUUUUGCAUACAAAUUUCAAUUAUUUUUCUUAAGUGGCCUCCUAAUGAUUUGCCUCCCUCUGCAGACUCAAGUUGUUUAGCCAAGGCACCUUGUCAGUGCCUUCCAACCAAAGUAAACAGGUUAGAUGUAUUACUUGUAGCAUGGGGUGUCUCAGUAGGAGGAUUAUUUGGGGCAGGGUCUAAGGAAACUAUUCUGUUGAGAUUGGAUACUGUCAGAAAGCAGGAUCAGUUCUACCACUGGUUGCUCUACCAUUGGCUGCCUCAAAUUUUACCUAUAGGGAGGGCAGACAAGAGCAAGGAUAAAGCUGUCAUUUGUAAAGAAGUUAGCAGUCACUCAUUUUAGUAGAGAUAGGAUGUUUGGGCACUUUGUUUGGCACAGUGGUCCUGUACUUGUCUGUGCUUAGGCAAAAUUCUGAAGUGGCCUUAUUUAGGCUUACUUUAUCAGGGUCUCUGAGUAACCUUUGUGAUGUUAGUGUUCUGUGAGAUUAUGUCCAACAGAAGACUAACAUGCAGACUAAGCAGGCCAGCUUUUUAUCAGGGGCUGCUUUUUUUCCUUUCUUAACUUUAAACUUCCCCCUGAUUAGCACCAAAGCAAAUUAAUAGAUUUCAUUUCAUUAAAUUAAGAGAUCCUGUAUUGAACUUCCUCACAGUGUCCCCUCCCCUGAAGUUGAAUGGAUAAUGGCUUAAUAAUCUGGUUGGCACCCCAGUCUGCCCCAGAUGCAGAUUUAAUGACUGUAUAUGACUUAGGGAAUCAGCUUUGAGGCAACUAGACCUUGCUUUUCCUUGCAACUCUAUGACCCAUCUUGCUUUAGGUGUGCUUGGACUUUUUUUUUUUUUUUGCUUUAGUUUAAAAUUUCCAGCUUUUUGGUGGGUGCUAUAGUAAAAUACAAAACCUGAACAAGUAAGGGAAUUGAUCUUAUUCAGGCUAUUACAAUAAAAAAAGCAUUCCAAAUCCAAAGAUCAGAGUCUCUUGGCAGGGUGGUUUUGCCUUAGACUUUUAUAGGGAGGAGUAUACAAGUUACAGGUGGAAGACUUACAGGUGGGAUUGUUUUGCAAUCAGAAGUCUCAGUUGCCAAACACGAAGUAUUUAUCUCUGUGUCAUGCUGGUUUUGGGUGGACAAAGAGUUCUAAUAUAGAGACAAAGAAUGGAGAAUUGGGCUGGGCACGGUGACUCACGUCUGUAAUCCCAGCACUUUGGGAGGCCAAGGUGGGAGGAUCACUUGAGCCCAGGAGUUCAAUACCGGCCUGGGCAACAUAGCAAGAUCCUGUCUCUAAAAAAAAAAAAAAAAAAAAAUUGUAAAAAAGAAUGAAGAAUUGAAGGGUCUGUGUCUGGUCUUGUCCCACUGGGAUGGGAUAAUCUCAUGGAAUCCCAUAUAACACCAUAGUGUAUGUAGUUCAUGGGUGACCAAAACAUUGUUAUGUGAUCCAUGCGUGUAACUUGUAAAAUUCCUUGCAGGUUUACAAUUUAUUGACUAAACAAUUGGAAGUUUGGAGAAAUA